UGCCUUGGGAAGCUGAGGUGUCUGCCGCGCGGCCGCCGCGCGAGGCGGCCCGGAGUGGGAGGUUGGGGCUGGGGGAGGAAGCGAUGGCGUCUUCCGGCGAGCACCGUGGUCCGAGGCCGGGCCUCCGACCAAGCCUGAGCUUCCCGUCUGCGGGGCCCGGCAUGCAGGGCCGGAAGGACGACUUCGGUGAGAAAUCGCCCGCCAACAAUGCCUGGCUUCAGAGCUCCCGGGUCCCCAGCUUUGCUCAGAUGUUGAAGAGGAACUUGCCGGUUCCGCCGUCAGCCCAGAUGGUGACUACACCCGCUGCCCAUUCCUCGGAAAGUUGCACCCUGUCGAAUAUGGCAUCCAAGGUUACACAGGUGACAGGUAAUUUUCCAGAACCAUUGCUUUCCAAAGGCCUUUCAUCUAUUUCGAAUCCUGUCCUUCCUCCGAAAAAAAUACCUAAGGAAUUUAUAAUGAAAUACAGACGUGGAGAGAUAAACCCUGUGUCAGCCUUGCACCAGUUUGCACAAAUGCAGCGAGUUCAGCUUGACCUGAAGGAAACAGUAACAACAGGUAACGUUAUGGGACCGUAUUUUGCAUUUUGUGCUGUGGUGGAUGGUAUUCAGUAUAAGACGGGACUGGGACAAAAUAAAAAGGAGUCUAGAUCCAAUGCAGCAAAAUUAGCUCUUGAUGAGCUCCUACAAUUGGAUGAACCUGAACCAAGACAUUUAGAAACAUCAGGUCCUCCUCCUAUCCCUGCAGAGCCUGUUGCUUCAUCUGAACCAGCAUAUGUUUCCAAAGUACAUUAUGAAGGGGGGAGACACAUGCAGUAUACAAAGAUUUCGCAGAUUGUUAAAGAAACAUUUAAUCAACUAAUUUGUAGUCAUUCAGAAUAUCUGAAAUGUAGCAAUUCACUGGCUGCUUUCAUAAUCGAAAGAGCUGGACGGCACGAGGUUGUAGCCAUCGGCACAGGGGAGUACAAUUACAGCCAGGGCAUUAAGCCGGAUGGAAGGGUGCUGCAUGACACACAUGCAGUGGUCACAGCGAGAAGAUCUCUCCUUCGGUACUUUUAUAGACAACUUCUACUCUUCUACAGCAAAAAUCCUGCUAUGAUGGACAAAUCAAUAUUUUGCACAGAGCCAGCCUCUAGUUUACUCACUCUCAAACAGAAUGUCCACAUUUACCUCUAUAUGAACCAGUUGCCUAAAGGAUCAGCCCAGAUUAAGUCACAGUUGCGUCUUAAUCCACGUUCCAUAUCUGCGUUUGAAGCCAAUGAAGAGCUGAGUCUCCAUGUGGCUGUUGAAGGCAAAAUUUAUCUAACAGUCUACUGUCCUGAAGAUCUUGUAAAUAGAGUAAACAGCAUGUCCUCAAGUGACAAAUUGACAAAAUGGGAAGUGCUUGGUAUACAGGGAGCAUUGCUGAGUCACUUUAUACAGCCAGUUUAUAUCAGCAGCAUACUUGUUGGUGAUGGGAACUGCAGUGAUACUAGAGGCUUAGAAAUUGCUAUCAAACAACGUGUUGAUGAUUCACUCACUUCAAAACUUCCGAUGUUUUACUUGGUCAACCGACCUCAGAUUAUUUUAGUACCUUGUGCAUAUCUACUUCAAACCAAUGUGGAAUAUAGAUCCUUGAGUCUGAACUGGGCACAAGGGGACAAUUCUUUGGAGAUUGUGGAUGGCCUAAGUGGGAAGAUCACUGAAAGUUCCCCAUUUAAAAGUGGUACGUCGAUGGCAAGUCGGCUUUGUAAGGCUGCAAUGUUAAGUCGGUUUAACUUGCUUGCCAGUGAAGUUAAGAAAGAUGACGUACUUGAAGCUAGUACAUACCAUGCAGCUAAGUGUUUGUCUGGAUCGUAUCAAGAAGCUAAAACUUUGUUGAAAUCCUACUUAAAGCAACAUGGCUAUGGCUCCUGGAUUGUGAAAUCUCCCUGUAUAGAGCAAUUUAGUAUGUGAAUUAGGCAAUCCAUUGUCACAUUAAAAGUCUUUUAUUUUUUGGUGUGUUUUG